CAAACCUUGUUUCACUCAAAGAUUCUGAGUCCUUGUCAUCAUCAUCAUGUUUCACCACACCAACACCUUCAACCUUUUUCAAUGCCACAACAUGAACAUGAACAUGAACAUGUCUGUUUGCAACCCUACCUCUAUGAUGGAGGCUCAUUCCAACCCUGUUACCACCCCUUUCUAUGGAGGCUUUGCUAAUGAUCACUGUCACCAUUCUGUGACGUUGGAACCAAACAAAACUGUCAUGGAUGCUUUGCAUGGCAACCAAAAACACACAGUCAUAUGUAAAUUUUCACAGAAAACCAUGUCGGCUCAUCCAUCUCAAGCUUCAUGUUCCAAAUCAUCACCAUUAUCUUUUUCUCUCUUUAAUAACUGUGAAUUAGAGAUGAUGAGUGAAUUUCACUGGGACAAUAAUCAAAAUGCAAAGCUCAAAAAUGAUACCAACAUUGCUAAUCAUAACAUAAUCAAAGGGCAAUGGACUCCUGAAGAAGAUAGAGCUCUUAUGGAAUUGGUGAGUCAAUUCGGACCCAAGAAAUGGACACAAAUUGCGAGAUCACUACAUGGCAGAAUUGGGAAGCAAUGUCGAGAAAGAUGGAAAAACCAUCUUCAGCCAAACAUUAGGAAAGGAUCAUGGAGCUUGGAGGAAGACAUGAUUUUGAUCAAAGGGCACCAAGAAUUUGGAAGAAAAUGGUCAAAGAUUGCAAAGAGAUUGAGUGGUAGGACUGAGAAUGAUAUCAAGAACCGGUGGAAUGCAACCAUCCGACGCCAAAACUGCAACAAGAACAGUAAAGCUCACUACAAAGGCUCAAUCCUCCAUGCCUAUGUUAAAUGGGUCACUGCAACUGAAGACAAAGUUCUCAGAAAACCCUCAGACAAGAAGAACCAAAAUGUGUUUGGAUGCACUUGUGAUGAGCUAGCUCUUUUGUUGAGCUAGCUUCAAGAGAAAAUAACAGUUUAAAAAGAGGUACUGGUAGAAAUGUUUACAGCAUGCCAAGAAAUAUCCGUAAUAUAUAUACUAAGCCAAUUAAUUUUCUAUUGGGCCUAGGCCCAUAAUUUGUCAUA